AUGAGUCAAAUGGAUCAACCAAUAUUUUAUAAUGAUGAGUUUAUUCUUGCACUAAACAGAAAUGACCUUAAUAUGGCAUAUCACAUUUUACGUAAUUCAUACCAAAUUAUCUAUGAAGUUAUCCAAUCAACAGCACCAAAGAGUGUUGCUGAAUUAAAUACAAAAAUAAGUGAAAACACUAAAACUGUUACUCAAAUGUGUGAGAAUGCUAAGACUGAAACAGCUAAAUUAAUGCAACAAAUUGAAGAACAGGAAAAGUCCAUUCCUGACCUUCAACAAAUGUAUGAAUUGACACAACGACAAUUAGCUGAACGUACAAUCAUUUUAAAGAAUCAAGUUAAACUCCAAAAAGAUGAUAAUGCUCAAUUAAAAACAAUGUACAAUAAAAUUCAAUCUACUCAAGAAGAUGAAUUUAACCAAAUCUUAGAAGAAGCCCAAAAACCAUUAGAACUUCAGGUUGAAGAACUUAAAAAAGAAAAAGAACAAUUAACUAAUGAGGUUGAUCAAUUAAAAGCACAAUCAAAGAAUAAAGAAGAACUUCUUAAAGUUGAAGAAGAAUUCCAACAAGAAAAACAAAAACUUGAAGCAGAAAUUAAAGAAGUUCAACAAAAAAUUAAUGCAAGAAAUGCUGAAGUUCAAAAAUCACAAAAUGAAAAUGAUGCUUUGGUUGAUGAAGCAAAACAAAAAGAUGCCAUUAUCCAAAAAAUGAAUUAUGAAAUGAUUCAGAAAGAUACUGAAAUUAAAAAGUUACGAGCUGAACUUGAAGGUAAAAUUGUUGACAGUUAUGCUUAA